AUGGCCUCAAACUUAGCCGAACAACAACUCGAAGAAGUGGUGGAGGAUUUUCUAUCUACCGACUACAUGCUGGUUGCCGUUACGACCAUGGUUGUGUAUGACUAUGUACUGCAGUUUCCGCUUGAGUUUGAGCUCAUUUGGCUCCGCUAUCUCGGGCUAGCCUACACAGCGUCUCAAAUAUUAUUCAACUUCAGCGUGCCUUUGUCAAAGGUCAGUGAUACUAGCGCUUUUGACUUACCUUCACCAACGUUCUACAACACAGCUGUUUCGCUCUGGAUGAUCUCCAUUCGCAUAUACGUCCUUUUCGGACGAGAGAAGAAGCCUCUAUUCGUCCUUGCUGUGUUUUUCGUAGUAUCUCAGGGCGUCAACAUCGCGUUAUCGGCUCUCCUGUUGAAAGUCGCGGUCGGCUCUGCAGUGGAAUCUGGGUUCCUUAGUUUCGAUGUGUGUACCAAUGGUAGCAUCCCGAAUAUUCAGUGGCUAUACCCCACGAGCGGCUCUAUCUUGAUCGUGUACGAAGCUAUUAUCUGCGGGUUCGCAGUCCGAUAUGCAUUUAAGAAUCUUGGGUCGUACGCUUGGAAGAAUCCUGUUUCUUGUUUCAAUACUCUUAUGGCGAUAAUCGUUCGGGAUAACUUGGUAUACUUCUUCAUCGUGUUCUUUCAAGCUCUGGUCAACGUCUUAGCGGGCACAAGUAAGCUAGAGUCCCUUGCUCUUAGCUGCUUGGACGGCGCGCUUCUGACCAUCGUCCUCGCCAUGGUAGGACCAUGGAUGAUAAUAAGCCUCAGGAAGAACUACGAAAGAGACGUCAAUGGUGAUGUUUCUGAGGCUCACGAACUCUCUCCGGUUGCAUUUGUUACCCCUGAUAGCCGCCCAGAUGGAGAUGAUGAAGUUUAG